GACGCUACCUAUACUCCAUCAAUGUGGCUCUCCAAGCUGUGAAACUACGAGCACUGCAUUAGACAUGUAUUGAUAAUAUAUUUCGGUAUUUCGCAAAAAGGGUUUGCUAUUCAUUGAAAUUGCCUGACCGUUCUCCAUAAGUCGUCAAAAUGAUGCGCUUUAUGCUUCUGUUCAGCCGGCAGGGGAAGCUGCGGCUCCAGAAAUGGUACACUGCUACAGCUGAGCGUGACAAGAAGAAGAUGGUUAGAGAGCUCAUGCAGAUGGUGUUGGCCAGAAAACCCAAAAUGUGCAGCUUCUUGGAGUGGAGGGAUCUUAAGAUAGUCUACAAGAGGUAUGCCAGCCUAUAUUUCUGCUGUGCAGUGGAGGAGCAGGACAAUGAGCUGAUUACACUGGAGGUCAUCCAUCGCUUUGUGGAGCUGCUGGAUAAGUACUUUGGCAGUGUUUGUGAACUUGACAUCAUUUUUAACUUUGAGAAAGCUUACUUUAUCCUGGACGAGUUUCUAAUGGGGGGAGAAAUUCAGGACACAUCCAAGAAGAGUGUGCUCAAGGCCAUCGAACAGGCUGACCUUCUACAAGAGGAGGAUGAGUCACCCAGGAGUGUCCUAGAGGAGAUGGGGCUAGCCUAGUACUAGUUUCCAGUGCAUUGAAGACCGAUGAAUUUCGGUACUACUGAGACAAAUGGGAAAAUUAGUCCAAAUGGUUGGCAGAGGAGAUGAAAAUAAGGGGAAAAAGGGGUAGGUGGGGUUAAUUUGGGUACUACUGAGACCAGCAUGUGAUUGUAUUUCUAUCCCAACCUGUUUUGUCUUUCCAUUUUUAAAAUGGCUGCUUUUAGUAAGGAUCUUCUCUUAAGAGACAGUGAAGAAGCAACAAAGAUAGACACUUGAAUUUAGCAAACAGAGAUAUAUUUGGAAAAAGAAGUUUUGAUUGUACAUUAAGCUUUGCCAUUUUAACAACAGGUUAAACAAUCGCAAAUUUUAGUUUCUAAAAAAAAAAAAAGAUUAUUGUUGCAUUGAUCAAGUCACUUUUUAAAAAACGAUCUGUAGUAGUUGAAACCACAAUUUAAAUCUUCCAAAAUACCAUUGCUAAACAUACUUUAAUAUAGCUGCUCAGGAAACAAUGACAUUGACCAUUCAGCCAUGUUUUUUGUGUGAGAUGCAAAUAUUUUUACUUGUGCCACUUUAAAUAACUGCUGUUUCAGCAUAUGGACCACAUGUAAAUCCUUGAAGGUUUGUCUCCUGUAAUUUUGUGGUGACUGUACCAGUGCGAUCAUAUCCUCCGUUGCACAAUCAGCCACUUUAUGAGUUUUUCUAAUGGGUCAAUUUUAAGAAUGUAAAGAAUUAAAGAAUAUAUUCACCAAAUGGGAGGAAUCUUAAAUAUACAUUUGAAAUGGCUAGAAUACUGAAUAAACUAUUUUGUCAAGUUUAUUCAUACUGUUCUAUCCCUUUGAGCGACAAAAGUAAAAUGUCUGAUUGUUUAUCUAACUACGAGAACAGGACACAGAAUCUAAACCCCCAAAUGGCCCCUAAGCUAUUUCCUGUUUAUCUUGGUCUACCCUCUGCUGUACAAAGAUGGGUUUCUUACAGUAAUGAAUAAGGGAAUUAUUGUAGCUUGUUUAAGAUAACAAAAGAGUACUUUGAUAUUGGGUGUGAUUUUAUUUACAUAGCUUUUUAAACAGGUGUGAAACACUUUUUAACAAGUGAAUAAUUCAGCAUGAGGGCAUGUAUUACCUGUGUAAAAUCAGUCAGGUAACUAAAACAGAAUUGUGUAUGAAUGCAAUUUUGUAAUUAAAUAAAACAGAAUUUUAU